AUGCAGGCCGUAGUUCUCGCUCUCGUGGCCGUGGCCGUGGCCGAGCAAGUGCCCCUCACCGCCCCCCCUGUGGCCAUCCUGAGGAGCGCCCAGGUCAACCCCGACGCGUUCGGCGCCCACAGCUCCGACUUCGAGGCCGAGAACGGCAUCGUGUUCCAGUUCUCGGGCUCCGAAGGUGCCGCUGGCGGUGCCAACAUGGUCGGAUCUUGGAGCUACCCCCUGGAGGACGGCUCUCUGGCCGAAGUCAAGUUCGUGGCCGACGAGAACGGCUUCCAGCCCGAGUCCUCCCUCCUGCCCGUGGCCCCCGCCUUCCCCCACCCCAUCCCCCAGUUCGUCCUCGACCAGAUCGAGUUCGCCCGCCUCGAGGACGAACGCAAAGCUCUCGAGGCUCAACAGGCAGACACGACUGAGGCCUAGAUGACGAAGGCACAGCCCAAGGGCCUCCUGUUUCAAAGAAUUCCCAUAUUUAUGUUCACUUGUUUCUUGUUAUGAGUUUGUUUAAGAAAUGUAAAUAAUGUAAAUAAUGAAAUCAUGCUGAUGAUUUCAUGCACCGUAAUCAGCAAAUGAA